AUGAAAUUUGGAAGCAAAGAAAUAAGGAUUAUAUCCUUGCUGCUGCUGGAUACAGUUUUUUUUGUGAUAGAGAUAACUACCGGGUACAUUUCCCACUCUCUGGCCUUGAUUGCCGACUCAUUCCAUAUGCUGAACGAUAUAAUUUCUCUUGUGGUUGCCCUUUGGGCGGUGAAUGUUGCCAAAAACAAAAACCCAGAUUCAACGUAUACUUAUGGUUGGAAAAGGGCUGAGAUUUUAGGUGCUUUGAUUAACUCCAUCUUUUUAAUUGCCUUAUGUGUCUCUAUUCUGAUUGAAGCGCUACAAAGAAUUGUUGCCCCUCCCGUAAUUGAAAAUCCUAAAUUAGUCCUAUAUGUGGGCAUUGCAGGGUUGAUAUCGAACUGCGCUGGCCUUUUCCUAUUUCACGAUCAUGGUCAAAUGCAUGGGCAUGGGCAUGGUCAUUCCCAUGGCGAUCUCUUUCCUGACAGAGAGAUUCAUAUGCCAUCGUCCCACACACAUACUCAUGCGCAUGAUGACGGAAUAGGGGCCACCUCACCUAUGGAUAGUACGGACAAUAUUGACGAGAUUAUGCCUAAUACCAUAGUGAAUAAUUUCAUGAAUGAAAACACUAGGCUGUUGACGCCAGAAGAUACAUCGAAGACGCCAACAUACUCAGCAUCCAGUCAUACUAUCACCAGCGGCGGCAAUAAUGAACAAUAUAAGAAAAGCAAGAGAUCCUUAAACAUGCAUGGCGUGUUCCUACAUGUUUUGGGUGAUGCUCUUGGUAACAUUGGUGUUGUAUUAUCAGCUUUUUUCAUUUGGAAAACCGACUAUUCUUGGAAGUAUUAUACAGAUCCACUUGUCUCAUUGGUAAUUACUGGUAUAAUAUUUUCCUCUGCACUCCCUCUAUCGUGUAGGGCUUCCAAAAUCUUGUUGCAGGCGACACCUUCUACUUUAUCUGGGGAUCAAGUGGAAAAAGAUCUUUUACAGAUACCAGGGGUCGUAGCCAUUCAUGACUUUCAUAUUUGGAAUUUAACGGAGUCCAUUUACAUCGCAUCUUUGCAUAUUCAACUCGAUAUUACACCUGACCAGUUUACCGACCUGGCAAAAUUAGUCAGAGCAAAACUUCAUCAUUAUGGCAUCCACUCCGCUACGUUGCAACCUGAGUUUACGAGUAGGGAAGUCAGUUCGACCGAAAGAGCUGCACAUAUUGGAACUACUGCAGGCUCUCAAGAUGACCAUCCACACAUUGCUUCUCUAUCAUUAAGGCCGAGGACAUGCGGCACCACUAUUUCAGGAUCUACUUGUCUCAUCGAUGAUGCUGCCAAUUGCAAUACCGAUGACUGCUUAGAUGGCCAUUGA